AUGACGGCUAUCGGAAUGGUGCAGAUGCUCAUCGAAGCAGCCGAAUAUCUUGAUCGCAGGGAACGAGAAGCUGAGCAUGGCUAUGCUUCCCUGCCACCUUUCAUUAGCAGCCGAGAGAGGGAAAAUUUGAAAAGGAAAAGCAAAAGCAAGAAAAACAUAAGUAGCAGGUCUACACACAAUGAAAUGGAGAAGAACAGGCGGGCACAUCUUCGACUGUGUUUAGAACGACUGAAAUCCCUGGUUCCAUUAGGUCCCGAUGCCAACAGGCACACUACCCUGAGCCUGCUGAUGAAGGCCAAAGAUCACAUCAAGAAGUUGGAGGAGAGUGACAGAAGAGCCCAGCACACCUUAGAACAGUUACAGAGAGAGCAGAGACAUCUGAGAAGGCGCUUGGAGCAGCUCGGUGUGGAAAGAAUCCGAAUGGACAGCACUGGCUCAACCGUGUCCUCAGACAAAUACGAUUCUGACCAAGAGGACCUGGAUGUGGACGUGGAGGGGACGGACUACCUACUGGGUGAUCUAGAGUGGAGUACCAGUAGCGUGAGUGACUCCGGGGACGAACGGGGCAGCCUGCGCAGCAGCUGUAGUGAUGAGGGCUAUGCCAGCGCCAGUCUGCGGCGCCUGCAAGACACUCAGGAGAGGGCCAAGCAGCUGGCCUGCAGUCUAUAA